GAAUUCCUGCAUGAGGCACUUAAGGUGACACACCCCUUUGAUAGUGCCGUGGCCAUCGAUGGGCCCAACCUCAGGGCCAUUGCUUAUGUCCUUGAACAUGGUGUUAAGGGAGUGGAGCAGAAGCGCCGGGCGGUGCUAGAACAUUACAAGGCCUUGGAACGUUCACUCCACGACGAGGAGCAGCGGCUGAAGCAAGGGAUGGCCUCAAGGGAUCCCGACGUAGCUCGAGCAGUGUGGAAGGAAUCCUUGGAGCAGGUCGGCAAGGGCUGGCUUUCGGGGCCAUUCACUUGGGAUCAGAUGGAUGAAAAGUACGGUGGUGCAUGGGUUGCUUCAAAGCGUUUUGGCGUAACACAAGGCGACAAAGUUCGUGCAGUGGACGACCUGUCCCAGUUCCAGGUGAAUGCUUCGGUCACGGAGACGGAGAAAAUCCAACUUGAAGGUCUGGACGACAUUGUCGCUUUGGCUCGCUUCAUGCACCCCGACGAUGACUGGUCGUCGAUCCUGGGGGUGCUCGAUACCGACUCAAAUCAGGUUGUGUACUUCGAGAGCUUCGCCCUGCCCUUCGGCGCGAGCAGUGCGGUGACGGGCUUCAACCGUGCGGCCAGGGCCUUGCGUAUCAUCAUGUCCCGUCUUUUGUAUCUUGUGAACACAUCGUUCUUUGACGAUUACUGCCAAAUGGAGCUUGAGGGCCUUACUGAUUCCGCUGAUUAUGCUGCCUUGGAGCUUCUCCGCCUUCUAGGGUGGGAGGUGUCGGAGGGCGAAAAGUUACGGAUCCUAUUGGGUGUGCCCAGGUGUGCUCAAGUCGCCACUCAGCUUAUCCAUCACGCCGAACGUGCUUCCGGGGGACAGGUGUCAGAUGGUGUUGUGGGGGCGGUGCGUGCAGCACUUGCAACCCUCGCAGAUGCAGGCGAUCGUGUUGUCAACUUGUGGUCCGAACAGCCGCCCAUCUUGUUGUUCACUGACGGUGCGUGCGAGGAGCGCGGAUCCUUGGUGACCCAUGGGGCAGUGUUGAUCGAUCCGGCUUCUCAGACCAAGGAGUUCUUCGGGGAUCAUAUCCCGGCGCAUCUGGUGCAACAGUGGCGCGACACGGGCCGUUCCCAAUUGAUCUUCUUUGCUGAGCUGUUUCCUAUAGUG